UUCACUCCCUCUCACUCUCUCCAUCUUACAUCCAGAGAGAGUUUUUAGGGCUGGAAAGAAAUGGCGCUACUCGCCGCGCGCCUCAGGCGUAGGCCGCUGCUGACAAGCGCCUCGAUCGUUGUCGCCGCCGCUGGAUUGGUAGCAUACGAGAGCUUCGAUGGAGCUGCGCCAGCGCUCGGAAUUUUUCGAUCGACUCGUGCUGUUUACACUUUCGCGCUCAACAGUGUAGACUACAAAUUUAGUUUGCGCGACCAUGACAAGAAAACCGAGGAGUAUUACGAGGUUCUUUCACAGGUCCAUCUCAGAGCUGCUAAACGCAUUCUAAGACUUUGUGAAGCUAACAGAGGAUUUUACACAAAGGCUGGACAGUUUAUAGCAUCCCUCGGGCAGUUCCCGAAGGAGUAUGUCGAGACUCUACGAGUUUUGCAAGAUCAGGCACAGGCUUGGCCUUACAGAGCAAUAAAACAAGUUUUCUUAGAAGAGUUUGGAAGGACUCCAGGAGACAUGUUUCACGAGUUCGAUGAAAAGCCUCUUGCUGCAGCGUCACUUGCUCAAGUGCAUCAUGCUUGGCUCUCUGAAAACGAAGAAGUUGCUGUCAAAGUCCAAUAUCCAGGAUUGCAACGACAAUUCGAGAUCGAUAUUUCUACGAUGGCCUUUCUUUCCAAAUGCGUUGCUUGGCUUUUUCCAGACUAUCAAUUUGAAUGGCUAGUGCCGGAGUUUGAAAAGAAUCUUCUCAGUGAACUAGAUUUCGCACGGGAGGCAAGAAGAGCGGAAAGAGCAACAGCAAACUUUGCAAACAAAAAGGAAGUGAAAAUUCCUUCAAUUUUUUGGGAUUACACCACAAAUCGAGUUUUGACGAUGCAGUUUAUGCACGGUAGCAAGGUUGACGAUGUAGAGAGCAUGGAGAAAGCGGGAAUAGAUUCUAAACAGGUGUCUCGAGUGUUGCUAGAGAUUUUUGCCGAGAUGAUGUUUUGUCACGGUGUUGUACAUGGGGAUCCUCAUCCUGGAAACAUUCUUGUGAGCCAUAAUCCGGCUCGAGGGAGCAAGCACAACUUUCAUAUCGUUAUUCUGGAUCACGGUCUCUAUCGCGAGCUCGAUGAAAAUUUCAGGCGCAACUUUUGCAACUUGUGGAAAGCGAUGAUAACCUCCGACCCUGCUGAGAUGGAAAAGUCAGGCUUGCAACUCGGUGCCGGCGAAUACUCCCGAUUUUUGCCUGUUAUAUUGACCGGUCGGACGCUGGACAGCAAAUCCGGUCUCGGAAAAGGCAUGUCUCCCGAAGAACGAACGCGAUUAAGGGACGAAGUAAGAAAGUUUUCCAUGGGCGACAUAUCUUAUUUCAUGGAAGGGCUCUCUCGCGACUUUCUGAUCGUCCUUCGUACAGAUGGAUUGCUGAGAUCUAUCGUCCACAAACUAGGAGCUCCACGAAGGCUGCGACUUGAAACGUACGCUCGUUACGCCUUGCUUGGCCGUGCAAUGCACAAGCGUGGAAAACCAGGCUUUCGGGAACAGGGAAUUGUUUUCUACUCGAGAUCUUUGGUGGAGUACGCAUACCUUCGCUUCCGUCUUGUCGUGUUGGAAUAUUUCCUCAAAGCCGACACAUUGUAUAGUUUAAUACUGGGCUACCUCAAUCGCUUUCUUCCCAUGUCCAAAGUUCCAACUUAAUAAUAGAAGCCGUGGCAAUUUUUUGC